AUGCCUUUUCUUCGGAGGUGUGUGUUCGGCGAAUCGGAGAAAUCCCAAGGCAGCGUUCGACCUUACGGACACCACUUUCUCCAGGGUCUGGAGUCCCUUACCAUUGACGACUAUAAUGGUAAGGGUGAACGCCUUCGCACAGAGAUCAUCCUGGCUGGUCUUUUCAUGAACUCACCCCUGCCUCGCCGCCUCGAAGUGAAGCAUCCUCCACAGUUCGCAUAUAUCAAAGGCAACCUCCGGACGCUAUGGGAAGACUCAAAGCCUCUCGCGGAGAACGUAGAAGAGGUCCUUGUCUUCUGCGGUGAUGACCCACAGGACGACAUGUCAGCCGUAGUGGCGUUUCCGAAGCUGAAAUCGCUCCGGGCUGAAUUUCGGGACGGACCAACCAGCUUCCUAGACUUUUUCUCUUUUCCGCACCCGCGCCCGCAAAUCCCAAGGGCUCUCCUCAAUGUCUCUAAGACGUUAGAAACUCUCUCCCUGAGGACCUCUCCGGAGACUUACCCGGCCGAAGACCGUUGGCAAUCCAAAAGGUACCCGUCCUCGUUGUCGACCUUAAAGCAGAUGACCAAGCUGAAGGACUUGACGACGGAGUCUAUCUGGCUCUUUGGGUCCGCGGACCCGGCCGUCGCCCUGCAGCUGCCGCAUCUCCUGCCGCCGUCUCUUGCUCGGCUGCACCUGACCGACUUUUGGGGCAACUCCGAUCCGGCCGAGUUCUACCCCGAAUUUCCAGACGGCUGGAGCCCGCUUGAGUUCUAUUCUCAGGUCUUCCAGGCCCUCCCAAUCGGUGAUUUCAAGAGCAAUGCUCCCGACUUCCUGGAUUUGCUAAAGGUGUCUCGAUAG